UCAAGAAAAAUGUCUAUUGUGGACGGACAGGCUGAGUUUGCAUCCAGAGGAAACUGGAGUCACCUUGGUGGUGUCCUAGCAACAGCCAACAAGAGAUGAAACGGCACAAAAGGGAGGGCCAGAGGUUGAUGGGAGAAGUGAGGCAGUGUGGAGAUGUGUUAAAGAAGAGCAGGGCAUGGGGUUGUAGCCGCACUGGUACCUGAUGACAGGAACUCAAAUUGAAUGCUAGAAAACGAGUCCCAAGAUCCAUCCAGCCAUCCAUCCUUCAUGAUGUUAGCGAGGGGUUCUUUGGCUUGCAAUCCCACUUCCCCUAUCCAAGCCCACAGCCCCAGUACUGAUCCAGAGGCUCCUUCUCCUGCUCUUCUGCCUCAGUCCCCUCCAUGCUGGGCAACACAGGCACAGUGCGACCUUGCCCAGGCAGAGGCAGAGCUGCGUCGUCUACAAGAGCGUCAUGCAACUGAGGCUGACUCUGUGAAGCGGGGUAUAGAGCGCGCCGUCCUGGGAGCACGCAGAGAAGAGCGUCGCCUGCUAGAAAGAGUGGAACAGGACCAUCGAGACACUCAGCAGCAUCUGGAGCAGGUCCAGAGGGAGAACAUGGCAGCCGCCCGGGUCAGCCAGUCCCUGCUGGAUCAAAGAUUCCGUAAACUUGCCCAACUUCAGCAGCAGAUUAAGGAGGUGGGUCAACAGUUGGGUCUAGAUGAAAGUGGGCCAAACCAGAACCUGCUGCUGAAGGAGGUUUCAGAGUUCCUACAACCCUGGGAAAUCGCAGUUUCCCUAAAGAAGGUGAACUUCAAACCCAGCUCCCAACCCAAUGCUGUCACCUUUGGAGAUAUUCGUGUGCAAGAGCAAAGCCUGUGUCUGCAUGUUGGAGGUUGUGGGCCACAGGGGCAGAUGUGUGCUCUCCAUUCACAUGAGAUGCAGAGUGAAGGCGAAAACCAUCAAUGUGCUGGGGGAGAAAAAAACACCCCAGGACAGGGCUGGACCUCACCAACAGGCAGGGUUGUCAGAAAAAUCAGCCUCUCUACCCGGAGUGAUCUGGAGUCAGAGGAGGAACAAAAGUGUGCCUCAACAAAGAUACAUCGCUGGCUUCCAAAGUGUGAACACUCUGAUUGGGAAUCAUCCCAGGAUGAUGAGAUGGAAUCUGCACCCUUUCACCCACAAGGAGAGGAUGUAUUUCUGACUGUCCCUACUGUACUUAAAAACAUGGAUACGGAAGGCAAGGAGCAAGGGUACAAGAUGAAUAGUAAUGGAAAACAGUAUUCUCCCAGGAAUCAGAGGAAGUCACUUACUGUGGUCUCUGGUAGGAAACCAUCUCCAUCUCCCUCACCUGAACGAAGAAGGGACCAUGCUAAGCUGAGUCACUGUCUGAGUUUAGACAGUCAGAAUGAAGACAAACGAAAAGUGAGUCAGGAUUCUAACAGUAGACUUUUAAAGUAUGGCAACAGCGUACUAACAUCUUCCAGGAUGACAAGAGAAUCUCUGACCAGCCAAAGCUGUCUAGACCUCACCUCCAGGGGCCGACCUCACUCAUGCCUCAGCCAGUCUUCUGAUGAACACUCUCUAGGAACCCAUGGUGACUCUGGCAGAGCACCAUCCCCAACAGACAGCCUUGACUCCAGCUAUACUUUCAUUGUGAGCCCAUCGCAUGACUACAACAUGAACAGAGGCUCUUUGAACUACAAUUGCCGUCUAUCAAAGUCUGCAGUGGAUCUGACACAUAAGACACGCCCGAUGAUCAGCGGUGGGACGAAUGAUCACGGAGUGUGGAGGGUGAAGUGUGGCAACUUUAAUUCUAUCCCGAGCCCCACCUCACCAACACUCAAUAGGGGGCCUAGGGUCUCUGACAUGGGACAGACCCUUUCAUACCCUACAUAUAGAAGUCACAAUAUGCAACAGCCGCAGAAAAAAAUCACAGUGUCUGGCUCAAAACAACCCUUGGUGGCUAGGUCCUUAUCCAUGUCUGUCAUAGAUGGUUCCUCUCAAGAACCAAAGAGAGGCAGAGGAGAAAGAGGAGAACCCGCCCUAUUGGAGAUGGAGGAGGAGGGAGACCCACCCCUGAUACCAUUCAACUCCAGAGGAGUCCAUCUGAUCAGGCAGUUUGGGAAGCAGGGUUCAGGUCGGGCUGACCUUACCCUGCCAAGUGGUAUCCAUGCCACACCACAGGGACAACUCUUUAUAGUGGAUUGUGGAAAUGCUCGUGUUCAGGUAACUGACCCCCGGGGCAACGUCCUCCAGCAAGUGACCUCCCCAACUUCUGAUGGCUCUGCAAGACGAUGUCGGAACUACUUUGACCUUGCUGUCAGUGCAAAGGGUUUGAUUGCUCUAAGCUGUGCAGCUGAGCGAGCCUUACUUGUGUUCAACAGACAUGGUCGUCUGCUCCAGACCUUUGGAGGGUCAGGCAUGAGCUCCGCGAAAGAUGAGCUUGAGGCUCCCAGGGGUGUGACUGUAACCAGGCUGGAUGAGUUCUUGGUUGCUGAUAUCCGAAAAGGUACCCUCAUUGCCUUAAAGCUUGAGCCUAAGACAGGCUCCCGUCUUGAGCGCACAGUGGUGACCGGAUUCCACCGGCCCUACUUAGUGGCAGCCUGCUUGAGCUCAGGCAUGAUAGCUGUGUCCGAAAGGGGCAAUGAAACAGGUCGGGUGCCUUGCAUCAAAGUGCUGGAGCCAGGCUGGAACACAGUGAGAGUUCUGGGUGUAUGUUCUGGUAUGGGACCCGUUCUGUCCUGCCCGUGGGGCAUCUGUAUAGAUGCAGAUGGUAAUGUGCUGGUAGCUGACUGGGGGGACCAGCACAGAGUCCUGUUAUACCCAGCACAGGGAGUUGGAUGGCCCAUAGUAAGCCAGGGCUUGAGUAGUCCACGUGGCCUGACCUUGCUACGUGAGGGUCAACUAGCAGUAUCUGACAGCAUGCACCAUUGCAUUAAGAUCUACCAGUACAAGGAGACCCAGGACUAGGAAGAGUGAGUUGGUGUUUAAAGGUACACAAUCAUAAUACACCAAUCACAGACACAGUGUGUGUUUACUCUUAAUAAAACUAAUUUGGGUAAUCUUACUGCUGAACUGCAACAACAAUCAGAUGCAGCUCCUGUGCUGAUUCUGGAAACUUCACUUGUAGAACCCAACUGUAUUUAGACUGACAAAUAAUGCAUUGUGUGUCUAGCUGAAUAGAAUUUGUAAGCCAAAGGCUAUCCAUUCAUCAUAAAGGUAAAAUCUGCUUCUACAGUUAGUCUGCGGAAACAAAAACUACCUGGUACUACACUGAGCAAAAGUGCUUUGUACAAGUUUGCAAAUGAUCAGAUCAGGCAAUUGCUGAUUGCUUGCUGAAAAUAGUUUAUAUAUUAUGGUUUAAUUAUAUUCUUUACAAAGUCUAUGUGGGCUGCCUUUCAUUUUCUUGCCUACAUGCCAACAUACCUGUUGUCAGAUUUCAGCCACAGCUGUUAACCUGCAGAGACAAAUGCAUUGGCAAAUCAACUCCAAACUGUGUUUACUUUGCAUGAAUUUAAUUAAUCAACAAGAUCCAAAACAAAUAUGUACACACAUGUAUCCAUUAUCAUACAUUUUCACAGUUAAAAAGAGAAUUGUGUGUGUUCAGCCGAGGACGUUUUAAUGGAAUCUUGCCACAAUUUGCUUCAGUAAAUUCCUGCAAAUUCUACAAUUUUUCACACUGUCACUGAUCUUUUCUGACAAUGAACAGAGCUUGGUGGCUUUUUUCAGUCCUCCCACUCCCUGCUUUCACAAGCAGUGUCAGUCAUGUGUAUCUGCCACUCUUAGAUGGAUUCUGCAUUCAACACGUGGAUACAAUGAUGCCAGUACAGAGUGGGUGAAUCAUCAUCAGCAACAAAAAAAAAACAAACUAGACUGUCAUUCAAAUUGUCUUCCAUGAAAUUUUUCUGUUCAUAGCAGAUGUUUCAUUGAGGGGACCAUUGCUUAUUUUAAGUUACAUUUGCAGUAUAUUUGUAGUAAUGUUAACUUUUCUUAGCAUUAGAUUUUUGGCAUAUUUUAGACUUUUACUUGUUUUUUUACUAUUUACUCCUCUAUCUGACAACUCUGGUUACUCAUUACUUUUCAUCUAAGAUUUUACAUUCAGUGCGAGAUAAAUUCUCAUCAAUGCUGUAGUAAAAAAUGUCAGCCUUGUGUUGGCUCGAUGAUUUCUUUCCUGACAUUUAUUUUAGAAAUGAAAAGAAGUCAGACAGUUUUCUAAACUGAGCUGAAAGUGAAUCAAGCCUUGAAACUUGAGAUGUUUUGUACAAUAUAACAUAUUGCAGUGGUUUAAACACCAAACAGUAUCAAGCAAGAAGGUUCCUGGUUUGAACCCCAAAUCUGUGUGGGUUCUCUCUGAUACUCCCUGGUGCUUCCUCCCACAGUCCAAAGACAUGUAGGUUAAUUGGUGACUCUAAAUUGUCCAUAGGUGUGAAUGUGAGUAUGAAUGGUUGUUUGUCUCUAUUAGUUGGCCAUGUGAUGAACUGCCGACAUGUCCAGGGUGUACCUCACUUCUUGCCCAAUCUCACCUGGGAUCCAGCCCCCCACUUUAUCCUGAUAAGGCAAGGCAAGGCAAGGCAAGGCAAGGCAAGUUUAUUUGUAUAGCACAAUUCGUACACAAGGCAAUUCAUAGUGCUUUACAGAGGCAAGGAUAAUAAGGAUGAUAAGGAUAGGCAGUUAUGGCUAAUGGAUUUAUAUAUAUGCAAUAGUAAUUUAACACUGAGACAAAGACCACUCCUUAGUCAUUACUUUUACUUUUGAUACAUCACUACUUUUUUACUGCUAAUUUUGCUACUUUUCCUUCAGUAACAUUUUUAAUACAAGACUUACAUAUAAAGAAGGUUUUGAACUUUCCAUUGUGGUGUUUACUAAAGUAAGCUUUUCCUUCCAUUUGGGUUACAUCUAAACUGUCUCUGUGCUGUCUUAGAUUAAGCCGUGACAUUUGAAUUUGAUUUCAAAUGUCACGGCUUAGUAAAAAGAACAAGCCGUGACAUAUCAAGACAUACUUCUUAGAGUGUAUAGUUGUGGGUGUGAGCCAUUAUUUGCAAAGGUAAGCUGAUUUCAUCUGUUCCUGUUUAGUUUUUUAUGACUGUAGAAUGAUGAGAGAUUAUUAUGGUAUACGUAGAUACGUUUAUUCUCUGAAAAUCUUAUGUUGUGAUGGAUUGCAUGGUAACAGAAAAAAAUAAAUAUUGGCUCAAAGUUUGUCUGUUUGUUGUGAGCUUCUCCUCAUGCAGCUUGUUUUAUUUUAGUAAUAACUCAGUGCAGAAAGAAAUAGUUUCAACAUAUCACAGUUUCUAUUGUACCAAUUAACUAUGGAAUAA